AUGACAACCACAUCAGACAUGAACUUGUCUAACAAUUUUUUCAAAGCGUCGUUAACGCUGUUAACGGUUUAUGUGACUGUAGCUUCUACGCUACGCCAACCAGAAGAUUUCCAGAGACGUGUCAUUAAAUUGACCAUAGACUCUAUUAGCCCUACAGCGUUUUAUGCCGAAUGGAGACUAUUGCCAGACAUCGGCGGCAGUGUAAAUUAUUCACUCACGUAUUCCACUCAACUCAACACCGAAGUUAAGUUAACUAGUAGCAACAACUUAACACUGACCGGGUUGAUGGAGUGCACAGCCUAUAUAAUCACGGUGAGGAGUUUAUAUUAUGGAGCCGGUGAAAAUGCGUUUGGCGGUCCCUUUACUUCUACAGUAGCGUUGACUUCACAUACUUCCCAAUUGAAAGCGGUGAGGAACUUAACCUUAGUUAUUUCGAGUCACUCGAUUUUGAUUUCAUGGGAAAACCCAGCGGAACAGAAAUUGUGUACCGCGAAUUUUCACGUCUCAUUGACUUCAAUUAGGGACACUGGCCAAGAAAUACAAACUGAAUUUGACCAUCACAUAAUGACAGCGUUAGAGCCCUGCGUCACAUAUUUUGGUUACGUUUCCGCGGUCGACUUCGUUGGCGUCAAAGGAAGUCCCGUGGCAUUCAAUGUGACAACGGACACUGGAAUACCUGGGCCUGUAGUGAAAUUAACAGCUUUGUCAAAUGGCUCGAGAACUAUAUUCGUUAGAUGGGAUAAACCGAUUAAUUCGUCUUUAUGUUUUCGUCAAUACGUAAUCGAUUAUUGCUACGAUAUGUUCGUUUGCUCUACAAUUAUAACUGAAACCAACUCUUUGACUAUUUCACACCUAAUGCCUUGUGUAACGUACCAAAUAACGGUCACGCCGAAGAUGACUGACACCGAGAAUGGCAUGCCAGCCAGAACCAAAGCCACUGUAAUCGCCGAAGUUUUGGAAAAGCCCAAGAAUGGACGAAUAUUGUUUUUAACCAGUAAUAACGUCACUCUGCAGUGGGAUCAUCCUAUCGAUUCCGUUUGCAAUUUUAUACACCAAAUCGUAAACUGUUCGUAUUUGAAUACUUCACUCGAGAUGACAGCAUAUACAACAGCCCAAGCAGUAGUCAUAGAUAACUUGAAACCUUUCACAAAAUACAUUUGUUACUCGGCGUAUUUUAAUAAGCAAGGUUAUUCAGAAAAGAGUGACGAAAUCAUAUUUCGGACAAAGUUACAGGUGCCAGACUCACCGACAAAUUUAUCCGUCAUUAAAUUGUCCGCCAACAGCGUGAUCCUUGCGUGGGCAGCGCCUACUACGAUAUCGCACGAUGCAAUCGACGAAUACCGUUGGAUGGUUACGUUCAAGAAUUUUUUAUACGAUCCACCGAAUCAUUGCCCUCCCCGAACCAUGGAACCCGUGGUCACAUAUUUCGUUAAAAAUGACCAGACGUACCAGUAUCAAAUUUCGAAUCUUAUGCCUGCUAGCUGCUACCUCGUAGAAUUGAGUGCUGCCACAGAGUCCGGUGUUGGAAAUUCGACAAAUAUUACGAUGCACACGUUAUCUUCGACUAGUUCUCCGGUCAAAAACCUAGAAGUCACAUCGAUAGAAUUCAAUUUGGUCGUCCUGAGUUGGAAGUACCCUUGCAUGCCAAACGGAAAAAUUGCAUUUUUCCACAGUACACUGGUGGGAGAAAGACUUGGAUUUCAUAAUCACAUUUUUAGUAUUAAAUGCGAUAUUUCAGACAAUGAAACGGAAUUCGAAUAUAGUUUAACUCAAUUACUGCCUGAAUAUACGUACGUCUGUACGGUAGCAGCGAUAACCGAUUCUGUGGAGAACCCGGGUCAAGACAAACGCAUUCGAUUUAUCACACCAUCGACAAGCCCGGAUUUACCGAAUAAAUACGAUACGUACCGCAAAUUACGAGUGACCGUGUCCGACAGUCAUCUCACGCAGGUCCAUUUGUCCAUACCCGGCGACUUGUUCACGAGCGCCUCCGGAAACAUCCUAUACUAUUCGAUAAUCGUUUACCAGGACGGCGGAUUUCCGGACAAACCGGAACACGGCAACAGGUUGAAUAAUCCUCGACAGCAGAUGGACGACGAUGUCUGGCCGCCUAUAAUGCGGACGUGGGCCGAAGCUGCGCCGUACCCUUUCAUACUGGCGUACCAGACGACCCCCGACCGGUGGAUGCCUUUUAAAGACCAAAACGAUGGGGUUUUCGACAUUGGCGCGGAUGACACCUGUUCCAUGAACGACAUGAAAAGUUAUUGCAACGGGCCGCUGAGACCAGUUACUAAUUACAGACUGAAACUCAGGGCUUUUACCGCAGACGGGUUUCAAGAUUCAUGGACCGUGCCGUUCACUACGCGCGGAAAACCCACUGCAGUCUACUACUUGGUGUUAUACAGUGUACUGUUCGCGGUGAUCAUCACUGCGACUGGAAUGUAUUGUAUACUCAACGAAAAAGUCCCGUGGGCCGUACAAUACAGAGUGGUACACCCGACUUCGACACGCCAAGAGCCCGGUUUGCCGAGUGACAUGAACUUCAAACACCUGUGGGCCAAAACUCCCCAAGAGAUCGAGGCCGAAUAUGACCUACUAAAUAUGUACUCGAAAUCAAACUUCACGACGGAUGUGGCUGUGAUGCCUCAGAACAAGUUCAAAAACCGUUACAUCAACGCGUUACCAUAUGAUUACAACCGAGUGAUUUUAAGGUCCGGCGAUACCGAUGACUACAUCAAUGCAUCUUUUAUCGAAGAUUCCAAAGGUAAUCGCCAAUAUAUAGCUUGCCAAGGUCCCUUGAAAAAUACUUGCGUUGAUAUGUGGCAAAUGGUUUUGGAUCAAGAAGUGGCUUCGAUUGUUAUGUUGUGUCAGAUAAGUGAAAAAGACAAGAUAAAAUGCGAUAAAUAUUUUCCAAACAGCAAUGAAAAAUUAGUCUUUGGUGAUAUUCAAGUUAAAAACGACAUUACGAUUGUCGACAAAGAGCGUUAUUCGUUCACAAUCAGAAUAUUGACGGUACUAAAGGGCCAUUUAAAAAAGACGAUAAGACAUUUUCAAUUUCACGACUGGCCGGAUUUUGGAACACCAAACGACCCGUCGAAAUUACUGCAGUUUUGGCGUGUAGUGCAAGCAAAAUCUCCAACUGCAGGUCUGGUUGUGGUGCAUUGUAGUGCUGGAGUCGGCAGAACCGGAACUUACAUAGCUUGUGACAUGCUAUUGCGUCUAAUCCACCAGGACAGAACAAAAUUAAAUGUUUUCAAAACCGUUUUGAGAUUGCGCGAACAACGGACUACUAUGGUACAAACACAGGCUCAAUAUGAAUUCGUGUACCAGUUUUUAUCGUAUUGUUUAAAUCUACAAACGAAUUCGUUGAAUACAACUACAGCGGAAGACAAGCCGGAACACGUGUCAUCUACCAGUCCUACCAACGGCACGGACGCGUGUGGUGCAAAAUGUAUACAAGCUUGA